GUCAAUAAACGAAAGUGAACGAAAGGUAAACAAAACUCGUGAUCAACACUAAAAAAAGUGUAAUUUAAACCGUGAUUUAAACUAUUUGGGAAAAAAUGAUUGUUCGAAAAAAUAUCCUGCCUCGAACCGCAAGUGACAUUUUAUCAGUGGGAUUUAUCCUGACAGCAAUUCCUCUCCUAUACUGGUUUGAACUCUGGGUCGUGCUGCCGGACUUGUACGAAUUCGGGUCGCUUUCCUACUUUUUCCACUUCUUUUUAGGAAACUUUAUAAUCCUGAACAUAGUCGGUAAUUUCACAUAUACAGUGUUGUGCGAUACAAGUACGCGAGAUAUAAUAGUGCGUUCAAGUGAAGCAGAAACGAAGAACGGUUGGAGGUUAUGUUCCUCUUGCGAGUCAUUAGCACCUCCCCGAUCCUGGCACUGCAAUACGUGCAACACCUGCAUCCUGAAACGAGAUCACCACUGUAUUUUCACCGGAUGUUGUGUUGGCCACAAAAAUCAUCGCCAUUUCCUCAUGUUCCUGUUUUAUCUCUUCGUUGGAACCGCCUACGCUUUCUUCUUCAACAACUUCUUCAUCUGGGGCAGGAUCCACUUUGAAUUCCCCAUGUCGAUUUUGAAGAUCGUCUUUCCCCUCGCGAUAUUUGUCUUUGGAUUUGACGGAUCGAUCGAACAAUUCUACUUGCUUCUCUACAUUGUCACAGUGAUUGGAAUGCUCUUCACGGGAGCGCUUUGCGCUUAUCAUUUUCAUCUAGUUUACAUCGGCUGUGUCGCGAACGAAAAGGAAAAAAAUAAGUUUAUUUAUGAUCUGGGAUGGAAGCAGAAUAUUGUGGAAGUUUUUGGGGACCGAUGGUACGUCGCCUGGUUGCUGCCUUAUAUUAAUUCCAGUUUGCCACAUGAUGGCAUCGCUUGGGACACUCCAGGUUCCUGGCAAGAAAACAGCAACAAAACGAAGUAGUCUACGGAAAUUUGAACUCAAGUGCAAUUUCUGAGACAAGCUCUGCCUUAAAGUACUUGUCUUCAGUCCAAAGUUAGAAGAAAUCAUAGAGAAUUUUUUAAUUUAUGUUUAAUGAAGGCCACGAGGCUAAAUACUAAACAAAUCUUCUUGUUUGUACAUAAUAGUCACAUUAAAAAGUGCGAUGAAAAUCGAAUUGCGAGGUAACAAAGUGAUCUAACAAUUGUCUCAUAACCAGGAAAUGAAGCUGAAAAUAUCGACAGGAAACAAGUAGUUUUGAGAAAAAGAAAAUCAUUUAUGAUAUGGCUAUCAGUAGUACGUUCUCUGAUUACCAGGUCAUUCAUAUAAAUUGUCAUGGUUCCUUUAUGUAUUUUUGUUAUCAUAAUUUCAUAACAUUUUUGUCAAUUUUUCAGUUUUUUCGCCUUAAAAAUAUUAAUUUUUCAUUGCUGCGAUUCAAGUGGUUCAGUUCUGAUUUUUCAUUUCAAAAAAUACAUGAGAAGCACAUUUAAUGCUUUUAGUUUUAUAGAAAGUUACAGUAUUACAUUUUUUUUCUUUGACAUACCAUUUUUAUUAUAAAUUACUCAACGCCUUUAGCUAAAUAUUAUAAUAACAAUAUUCAACUGAAAGUUAAGAAAUUUUUGAGAAAUGCAAAUCUAACUUUUCACAAAGUUUAACAUUUGUGCUUUUUUGAAAAUUAAUAUUAUACAGACUUACAGGGUGGCCCCUGGAUCGGGAAAUGACCGGGAAUUUUUUGAGGACGGGAAAUUACAGUUUAUUUUUUGACCAGGAAUUUUAUAAAUUUUUCAAAGAAAAAGCU